AUGGGUCGUGGCUCAGUGACGUCGCUCGCUCCUGGGUUCCGUUUUCACCCAACGGACGAAGAACUCGUUCGCUUCUACUUGAAGCGUAAGGUUUGCAACAGACCCUUUCAGCUCGAUCCUAUUUCAGUCACCGAUGUAUACAAAUCCGAGCCUUGGGAUCUACCAGUCAAGUCGAAGCUUAAAAGUAGAGACUUGGAAUGGUACUUCUUUAGUAUGCUUGAUAAGAAAUACGCAAAUGGUUCGAAGACGAAUCGUGCGACGGAGUUAGGUUACUGGAAGACGACUGGGAAAGAUCGGGAGAUUCUUAAUGGUUCAAGAGUCGUAGGGAUGAAGAAGACACUUGUUUAUCACAAGGGUCGUGCUCCUCGUGGUGAAAGGACUAAUUGGGUUAUGCAUGAGUAUCGGCUUUCUGAUGAAGUCCUGGAGAAAGCUAAAGUACCACAACAAGAUGCAUAUGUGCUAUGUAGGAUAUUCCAGAAAAGCGGCACGGGGCCUAAGAACGGGGAGCAGUACGGUGCUCCGUUUAUUGAGGAGGAGUGGGAAGAAGAUAAAAUGACAUAUGUACUACCAGAACAAGAUGCUUUCAGUGAAGGAUUGGCUUUUGAUGAUGAUGUUUAUGUCGAGGUUGAUGGCAUUGACGAGAAGCCCGAAAAUAUGGUGGUAUAUGAUGCGGUUCCUAUUGCGUCUAACUAUUGUCAUGGAGAAUCAAGCAAUAAUGUUGAAUCUGGAAACUACUCAGACUCUGGAAAUUACAUUCAACCAGAAAACUAUGUGGUUGACUCUGGUGGCUACGUUGAACAGCCAAUCGAAACUUUUGAGGAAGAUCAGAAGCCUAUCAUUCGGGAUGGUAGCAUUCAGCCUUGUUCUCUGUUUCCGGAUGAACAAAUCGGCUGUGGUUUGCAAGAUGAGAACGCGGUGAAUCUGGAAUCUUCCAACAAUAAUGUGUUUGUGACUGAUACUUGCUUCAGUGACAUUCCUAUUGAUACCAACUAUUUGCCUGACGACCCAUUCAUGGAUCCUAACUACAAUCUUCCUCUCGACGAUGGUCUGUACCUGGAAACAAAUGAUCUCGGCUUUGCUCAACAAGAUGGUUUUAACAUUGAAGAUUAUAUAAACUUCUUUGAUUAUGAGGAUGCUCAGAAUUUUACUCUCGAUGAUUCUCAAUUGAUGGGAUCUGAAGAUGCUCUUCCUAACCAAGAAAGCCUGGACCAGAAACCUUUCCCUGAAGAAUUGGAGAAGGAGGUCACAGAAGGCAAAGUGGCAGUGGAGAAAAGUGAAAGUGGCGAAGAGGCUGUUGUGAAAAACGAAAGUGGCGAAGGAUGUUCUUCAAAACAAGAUGCAGAUGUCACAGACUUCGAUUCAGCUUCAAAGUACCCUUUUCUCAAAAAGGCGAGCCACUGUUUUGGAGGCAUCCCUGCUCCACCAUUUUCUUCGGAAUUCAAAACAAAGGACUCUGCAAUCCGUCUACACGCAGCACAAUCUUCAGGUUCGGUUCAUGUCACCGCAGGUAUGAUCAGAAUAUCAGACAUGACUCUAUCAGCGGAUAGCUGUAUGGGCUGGUCAUAUGACAAGAACGGUAACCUCAACGUAGUCCUUUCUUUCGGUUUGGUCCAACGGGAUGAUGGGAUGAGUUCCACCGGAAGCAAGACAGGAAAUACAGCGACAAGAGCUAUGUUGAUCUUCAUAUGUUUAUGGGUUCUCUUACUCUCUGUUAGCUUCAAGAUAGGAACCGUUGUCUCUGCUCGGUGA